AUGUCCAGGGCCAAGCGGGAACUUGAAAGGGAUGAUGAAUGCGGCUUUCUACAGGAACUCUUGAUUGCAGCUGAUAGAGGAGAUGAAGAAAAGGUGACAGAGCUGAUCCAAAAGGGAGUGGAUGUCAACAGUCGUGCCGUCCUGUUUGGAAACACGCCACUUUAUUGUGCAGUGUCAGGAGGACAUGUUGCUGUUGCUGCACUCCUCCUGAAGGCUGGAGCACAGGUGGACAGUAGGGGUCCGUCUGAAGACACGCCACUUCACAAGGCAGCUUCAGGAGGACAUGUUGGUGUUGCCGAACUCUUGCUGAAGGCUGGAGCACAGGUGGACAUUAGGGAUGAGCGCGGCAAGACUCCUGAGGACAUCGCGGCAAGUACAGAUGUUCCAUCCUGGUACGGUGAUGAAGAUCGCGUCCUGGAGGGAAGGAAGGAGAUUCUCGAGCUUUUUGCAGCAGAAAAGCCCGGCCGGUAG